GUUCAGCCAUUUGAGAAGCCUUAGUGGGUUUUGGCACUGAGCUGCGGAGCCAGAGGACUGUCUGCUUCGCUCCCUCGCCACUUCUCUGCCGUCGGGGUCUGGGAUGGUGUGGCAAGCCAAGAUGGAGUAUGAGUGGAAGCCUGACGAACAGGGACUUCUACAGAUCCUGCAGCUGCUCAAGGAAUCUCAGUCUCCGGACACCACCACGCAGAGAGCCGUUCAACAAAAACUAGAACAACUCAAUCAGUAUCCAGAUUUCAACAACUACCUGAUUUUUGUUCUUACGAAACUGAAGUCUGAAGAUGAACCGACACGUUCCUUGAGUGGUCUCAUCUUGAAGAAUAAUGUAAAAGCACAUUUUCACAACUUUCCAAAUGGAGUAACUGACUUCAUUAAAAGUGAAUGUUUGAACAAUAUUGGUGAUUCCUCCCCCUUAAUUAGAGCUACUGUAGGCAUUCUGAUAACAACCAUUGCUUCAAAAGGGGAAUUGCAGAAUUGGCCUGACCUCUUACCAAAGCUUUGCAGCCUGUUGGAUUCUGAAGAUUACAAUACCUGUGAGGGUGCAUUUGGUGCUCUUCAGAAGAUAUGCGAAGAUUCUGCUGAAAUUUUAGAUAGUGAUGUAUUGGACCGACCACUCAAUAUCAUGAUACCUAAAUUCUUGCAGUUCUUCAAACACAGCAGUCCAAAAAUAAGGUCUCAUGCUGUUGCGUGUGUCAAUCAAUUUAUCAUCAGCAGAACUCAAGCUCUUAUGUUGCACAUAGAUUCUUUUAUUGAGAAUCUUUUUGCACUGGCUGGUGAUGAGGAGCCUGAAGUACGCAAAAAUGUUUGUCGUGCUCUGGUAAUGUUGCUAGAAGUUCGAAUGGAUCGCCUGCUUCCUCAUAUGAUUAGUAUAGUUGAGUAUAUGCUUCAAAGGACCCAGGACCAAGAUGAAAAUGUUGCUUUGGAGGCUUGUGAGUUUUGGCUGACUUUGGCUGAACAGCCAAUUUGUAAAGAUGUAUUAUGUCGGCAUCUGGCUAAACUGAUACCUGUGCUGGUAAAUGGUAUGAAAUAUUCAGAGAUUGAUAUUAUUCUGUUAAAGGGGGAUGUUGAAGAAGAUGAAGCUAUUCCAGAUAGUGAACAGGACAUAAGACCUCGUUUUCACCGUUCGCGGACAGUAGCUCAGCCACAUGAAGAAGAUCGUAUUGAAGAUGAUGAUGAUGAUGACAAUGAUCUUGAUGAUGAUGAUGAUACUAUUUCUGACUGGAAUUUAAGGAAAUGUUCUGCUGCUGCUCUAGAUGUCCUGGCUAAUGUAUUUCGUGAUGAACUUCUGCCACACAUCUUGCCCCUUUUGAAGGAAUUGCUUUUUCAUCCUGAAUGGGUAGUUAAAGAAUCUGGUAUCCUUGUUCUUGGAGCAAUUGCUGAAGGCUGCAUGCAGGGUAUGAUUCCAUAUCUUCCUGAGCUGAUCCCUCACCUUAUUCAGUGCCUCUCUAAUAAAAAGGCUCUUGUGCGCUCCAUCACUUGCUGGACUCUUAGUCGCUAUGCACACUGGGUAGUUAGUCAACCCCCAGACACAUACUUGAAGCCAUUAAUGACCGAGUUGCUAAAGCGCAUUCUGGAUAGCAACAAGAGAGUACAAGAAGCUGCCUGCAGUGCCUUUGCUACUCUAGAAGAGGAGGCUUGUACAGAGCUUGUUCCUUAUCUUGCAUAUAUACUUGACACUUUGGUCUUCGCAUUUAGUAAAUACCAGCAUAAAAACCUGCUCAUUCUUUAUGAUGCUAUAGGAACUCUAGCAGAUUCUGUAGGACAUCAUCUAAAUAAACCUGAAUAUAUUCAGAUGCUAAUGCCUCCAUUAAUCCAGAAGUGGAACAUGUUGAAGGAUGAAGAUAAAGAUCUCUUCCCUUUAUUGGAGUUGCUACAGUCAGUUGCUACUGCCUUGCAAUCUGGAUUUCUUCCAUACUGUGAGCCUGUGUACCAGCGUUGUGUCAAUCUGGUGCAGAAGACUCUUGCACAAGCCAUGUUGCACAAUGCUCAGCCAGACCAAUAUGAGGCUCCAGAUAAAGAUUUAGGAGGCAACAUUGAACAGCUAGUGGCUUGCAGCAAUAUCCUGACACUAAUGUACCAAUGUAUGCAGGAUAAAAUGCCUGAGGUGCGGCAGAGUUCUUUUGCAUUGUUAGGUGAUCUCACAAAGGCGUGUUUUCAGCAUGUUAAGCCUUGCAUCGCUGAUUUCAUGCCCAUUUUGGGAACAAACUUAAACCCUGAAUUCAUUUCUGUGUGUAACAAUGCCACCUGGGCUAUUGGAGAAAUCUCCAUCCAAAUGGGUAUAGAGAUGCAGCAUUAUAUUCCAAUGGUGUUGCACCAGCUUGUAGAAAUAAUUAACAGACCCAACACACCAAAGACAUUGUUAGAGAACACAGCAAUAACAAUUGGUCGUCUUGGUUACGUUUGUCCUCAAGAGGUGGCCCCCAUGCUACAGCAGUUUAUAAGACCCUGGUGCACUUCUCUGCGAAAUAUAAGAGACAAUGAGGAAAAGGAUUCAGCGUUCCGUGGGAUAUGUACCAUGAUUACGGUCAACCCCAGUGGAGUAGUCCAAGACUUUAUUUUUUUUUGUGAUGCUGUUGCAUCGUGGAUUAACCCAAAAGAUGAUCUCCGAGACAUGUUCUGUAAGAUUCUUCAUGGAUUUAAAAAUCAAGUUGGGGAUGAGAAUUGGAGGCGUUUCUCUGACCAGUUUCCUCUUCCCUUAAAAGAGCGCCUUGCAGCUUACUAUGGAGUUUAACCUUAUGCACUGUGGCUGCAGUCCCACAAUUAGAGGUAAGCACACAAAUCUUCCUUGCUAAACAGAGCUGUAUAACAAGUCUUCCUUCCUGUUUACAUUAUAUGAAACAUAAUUAA